AUGAUAAGUAUAAUUUCCCAAAGCAAAUGUGCAGAGGAAUCGAAUAAUCUUCUUAUGAAUAAAAUUUGUCAACCCAGGGACGAUUUUGAAUUAAAAAUUUUGCAGGAAACAUCGCACACUUGCAGAUUGUAUACAAUACUUUACUUAAUUUUAAUAAAUAUUUCAUCACUGUCAGUGUUAUUGUUUCCACCUUCGAGGAGAAGUAAUUUUCCACUACCAUUUAAAGUGUGGACGCCUUAUAAUCUGAGUUGCAAGAGUUUAUAUUUUUUUACAUAUAUUCAUCAAGGAUUCGCGACAACAUUAGCGGCCAGUGUGACAAGUUCAAUUGAAAGUUUGGCAUUGAUUUUAAUUUUACAAAUUUGCACUCAAUACGAAAUUCUUGUUCAUCGUUUAAAUUUUAUAUCUCGAUUAACGCCAAGGAAUGAACAAGAUUCACUAACUCAUCAAUGUCAAUUAAAAAUCGUGAAAAAUUGUGUUCAACAUCAUAUUCAUAUUUUGUCGAUGGGAGAUAAAUUAAAUGAGCUAUUCAGUGUUGUUAUUUUUGUUCAAUUUUUCGGCUCCAUGAUUAGCUUGUCAGCUGUUAUUUAUCAAUUAUCAAAAUUAUCAUUAGCUGAUCCUAAAAGUUGGGGUUUAUUAUUUCUAUUGUCAACUUCUUUAACACAAAUUUACAUUUACUGCUACUAUGGGGAAAAAAUUACGUCAAAGAGUUUGUCAAUUAUGGACAAAAUUUACGAGAUUAAAUGGUUAACAAUUAAAAGCAGAACAAAGAGAGAUUUAAUUUUAAUAAUGAUUCGAGCAUCAAGGCCAUUUAAAUUUAUGGGAUUCAAAAUUAUCAUAAUGUCAAUAGAAACAUUUUUUCAAGUUGUAAAAUCCGCUUAUUCGGCCUAUAAUUUAUUGAAAGGUUUCUAA